AAGGGAACGCCCCCCCAAGCCGGAAGGGAAGCGAGUCCAACAUGGAGGAGAGAGACCGCAGGAUGUGAAGGCCGUGUGCGCCCACUGGGGAUGUAUGACAGGCCACGACGUCACGCUCUUAAAGGAACACUUAAGGGAAGGAAACGAAGGCGCUCGGAUGAAAAGUGUUUGUCUCCGCACAAGAAUGUAAUAGUGGCGUCCAGAGGAGCAGUUGUUGUUGUUAGCCACGUUAGCUUAGCCAGCUAGUAGUGAGUUAGCAGUCAAAUUAGUGGGCUGAGUUGUCUAAACUAACUCAGCCCACUAAUUUAACAUUCAGGAAGCUUAACUUCCUUACAAAAGCAUCUGGGAUAUAUUUGUCUGCCGGCGAAAAAGUCAAUUUUCUCCAGUCUUUGGUCUCUUGUUAUUGGAGUUAGCCUGUUAGCUCGGCAGCUAGCGCUGUUAAAGAUCAAAGAUGGCCUUUCAAGACUCCUUCCCGCUGCACGUGCUGGUGUGGGACAACCGGUAUCAAGAGCUGGACCGGGAGAUGCAAAAGAACCAGCAGCAGGACUCGGAAAGGCUGGAUCCGAGGGGGCGCACCCCGCUGGAGCUCGCCGUGUGCCUGGGCCACCUGGAGUCCACCAAAGUGCUGCUCAGAUACUCCGCAGACCCGACACAAUGCAACGCGCAGGGAUGGACGAUCUUGCAGGAGGCGGUGAGCACGGGGGACCCUGAGCUGGUUCAACUGGUGCUUCAGUACAGAGACUUCAAGCGGGCUACGGAGAGGCUGGCCGGGAUCCCUGAGCUGCUCGGCAAACUAAGACAGGCACGGGACUUCUAUGUGGAGAUGAAGUGGGAGUUCACCAGUUGGGUGCCGCUAGUGUCCAAGGUGUGCCCCAGUGAUGUAUACCGGGUGUGGAAGAGUGGCUCGUGUCUACGCGUGGACACCACCCUCCUGGGCUUUGAACACAUGACCUGGCUGAAAGGACGCCGCAGCUACAUCUUUAAAGGCGGAGACGACGGGGCGGUGGUAAUGGAGGUGGACCACGAGAAGCAGGUGGUGUACACAGAGCCGCUUGUCUUGUCUCCGCGGGACGCGCCCUCCCUUUUGGCGGCCAUGCAACCUUCGCAGGAGAACACGGCACAGAGACUUACAUCUCCCAUCGUCUCUACGCACCUCAACACGCGCAACAUUGCCUUUGAGCGGAACAAGUCUGGAAUCUGGGGUUGGCGUUCUGAGAAGAGUGAGAUGGUCAGUGGGUAUGAAGCCAAGGUUUACAGUGCCACCAACGUGGAGCUGGUGACUCGGUCCAGGACGGAGCAUCUAUCAGACCAGGAUAAAUCACGGAGCAAAGGCUCUAAAACUCCUCUGCAGUCCUUCCUGGGAAUAGCUGAACAACACACCGCUCACAAUGGGAGUAACGUGUCUCAAUGUGCCAGUCCACACAACCCUACGGCCAUCACCGCGGAGGAAUACUUCGAUCCUGAGUUCAACCUGAACGGUCGGGACAUCGGGCGGCCCAUGGAGCUCACCAGCAAAGUUCAGAGGUUCAAGGCCAACUUGUGGUUGAGUGAGACUCACCCUCUGUCGCUGGCUGAACAGGUGACGCCCAUCAUCGACCUGAUGGCUAUCUCCAACGCUCACUUUGCCAAGCUGCGGGACUUCAUCACCUUACGCCUGCCUCCUGGUUUCCCAGUCAAGAUAGAGAUUCCGCUGUUUCACGUGCUGAAUGCCAGAGUGACCUUCAGUAAUCUGUGUGGCUGUGACGAGCCAGUCAGCUCAGUGACGGUUUAUCAACCAGAGGGCUCAGAAGAAGCGGGUCAGUCGGUCCUUCCUGUCCACUGCGAGGUGGACCCAUCCGUGUUUGAGCCCCCCGCAGACUACACAACCCUCGGCCCGGGCCGAAGCGAGCCCAUGAGAGACGAGGACGACAAUCUGCUGCAGUUUGCCAUCCAGCAGAGCCUUCUGGAUGCUGGCACGGAGAGCGACCAGGUGACUAUUUGGGAGGCCCUGACCAACAGUCGUCCUGGGCCCCAGUCGCCCCUCUAUGAGGAAGACACCCAGCUGGAGAGAGCCAUCCAGGAGUCCCUGUCCAUCUCGCUGGCCAGUAGAGUAGGAACAGACCAAACCCAGAACCCCAGCCAGCCCCCAGCGGACUCCCCGCCGGACCACAUCUCCAACAACACAGCGCCCGAGCUGCCUUUGCCCGCCCAAUUGGACGUGGCGAGCAGCUUCGACGAGCAGCUGCGCAUCGCCAUGGCGCUGUCAUGUCGCGAACACGAGGAGAUGGACAGGAUGCGCAAGGAGGAGGACGACGAGCUGGAGAGGAUCCUGCAGCUGUCGCUCACCGAGAAGUGAUGUCACAUGAGGUGCGUCUUCAUCGGGGAGGGGCAUGAUCCUUUAUUCUGGUUUUUAUUUUUUUUUUAAACCCAGAGAUAUAUUAAGUUAUUACAGAUGUUUUAUUUAUAAAGUGUGAAGGACACGAGCGAGUGACAAACAAAUGAAGGAGGGCGGGAAAAAAGGGAGUCUUAUUUCACUUUUUUUUUGCUGUCUUUUAAAGAGUGGCCCUUUUUAUGCUUUAAAACUAUGACACCAUCCACGGUACUGAUGAAGAAAACCUUAACGAGACCACAUAUACGGUACAUAUACAAAAUAAUGUUAUGUUGACUUGCUCAUGUUCAUGUGUGGAAAAAUAAAGAAUAAAUUAUC